AACCGAAAAUACACACGAAUGGCUUCUUGAAUGAGCAGACAGUGUUUUUGUUGUGUGUUAUAUUUUUUUCUUUCAAUUGUGGACAUUACAUUCCUCGAUCUCAGCAUACCAGUUUCAAUCCCAGUCAACGCUGCUGUCACCAACACUCCCUGUGCGUCUAAACUGAAAGAAGACUUUAUAAAGCUAGCCAGCUAAAUAGCCAAGUAGCUAGCUAGGUAUAUAGCUUGGCAACUAGGUAGCUAGCUAACUCGCUUGCUUACUUUCUUGCUUGCAUCAAGCAAGCGAUGGUACCUUUAAUAGAGGCAGCUAAGAGUAUACGUCUUGAGAGUCGGGACAAUCCGUUUGUUCCAGGAGGUGAACUGAGCAUCGACACAGAUGACAUUUUGAAGCGGGCGACCAUCGUAAGGGACCGCUUCAUCCUCAACGAGGAGGAGAAGAAGAAAAAGGCAGCCGCUGAGGAGGAGGCUCAGAGGAAGAAGAAGCAGGCGGCAGCACCAGGAGGCGACGCUUCGCUGAUAAGCAACGCCGCCGUGGAGGGGGUUCAAGAGAACGGCAAGGUGGAGGAGGUGCCGUUGGAGGCUGAGUCGGCGAAGACAGCAGAGUGCGAGGCCCCCGAGGGACCCGCCUCUCCGCAGGCCAGCCAGGACGAUGGGCGCGCUGACACCGCUGGCACGGCCGCGACAGACACACGUGAGGCGGCGGCGCUGAAGGAGAAGAAGAAACAGAAGAAGUGCUGUACGAUAAUGUAGGGGGAGGAGGAGGCGCAGGAGGAGCGGGCAGAGGCUGGAGGAAGGCGAAGAGGUUGGAGGAAGGAAGUGGUAUGCGGUGGUGAUGGUAAUGAUGACGACGAUGGUGGUGUUGUUGUUUUUGGUGGAGGAAAAAAAGAAAGAAAAAGAUUAAACAAACUAAAAAAAAAAAAAAAUGCUUGCUUGCAGAAAAUAUGAAGAUCGGAAAUCAACGGAAAUCAAAGGAACAGGAUGGAAACGGUUGAAAGAAAUUUUUGAUGGGGUUUUAGUUUUUUUUUUUUUUUUUUUUUCCUCCCCCACCCCACUGGCCCCCACCUCCUUUUUCUCUCUGUUGACCAGUUGUUGGUAAGAAAAAAUUGUGUUUUUUAGGUUCGGCGAAUUUCGCUUGACCGAUUUGAACGGGACGGACGAUAAAAAAGGAAGAAAAUUUUAAAAAAAAAGAAAACAGGCACAAAAAAAAAAAAAAAAAAAAAAAAAGAAAGG